GCAUGUUCCAGACCAAAACGACAAUUCCCAGAAUGCUCUGUUGUUCCCACGUGACCUUGUGUAACCGUACACACACGUGAGACGAAGCAUCGCAUUGGUUACGUUUUGAAGGUGAAGUGUUCCUGGUGAGCGUGUUUAGUGGCUUUGUCCAGCUGCAAAGAUGUCAUCGCUUUCUGCUGCCAGUGUGGAGCCCGUGGUAGAGGAGAAGAAGCCACUGAAACCAUGCUGUGCUUGUCCAGAAACGAAGAAAGUCAGGGACGCGUGCAUAAUUGAGAAGGGAGAAGAAAACUGCACACAACUCAUAGAGGCCCAUAAAGAGUGCAUGAGAGCGUUGGGCUUCAAAAUUUAAUUAAUCUAUGUGUGUGUGUGCAUGUGUCUGGAUGCCUGCUGUGUACUAGUGACUCCUGAUCUUAUUUAUGACCCUAAUAAAAGGGAAAUGUGACACUUCAGAGACUCCACAUAUUUUUCUUUCCUUUUUUUAUGUGAAAAACUGUUGAUAUGGAACAAUGCUGUGUGAAUAAAAUGUUCUAUGCAAGAAA